AUGACUGACUCCAAGUACUUCACAACCAAUAAAAAAGGAGAAAUCUUUGAAUUAAAGGCUGAACUCAACAAUGAAAAGAAGGAAAAGCGGAAGGAGGCUGUGAAGAAAGUGAUUGCUGCUAUGACUGUGGGGAAGGAUGUCAGUUCUCUCUUUCCAGAUGUAGUGAACUGUAUGCAGACUGACAACCUGGAACUAAAGAAGCUGGUGUAUCUCUACUUGAUGAACUAUGCCAAGAGUCAGCCAGACAUGGCCAUUAUGGCUGUCAACAGCUUUGUGAAGGACUGUGAAGAUCCCAAUCCUCUGAUUCGGGCCUUGGCAGUUAGAACCAUGGGAUGCAUCCGAGUGGACAAGAUCACAGAAUAUCUCUGUGAGCCCCUCCGAAAGUGCUUGAAGGAUGAAGAUCCUUAUGUUCGGAAAACAGCAGCAGUCUGCGUGGCAAAGCUCCAUGAUAUCAAUGCCCAGAUGGUGGAAGAUCAGGGAUUUCUGGAUUCUCUGCGGGAUCUCAUAGCAGAUUCAAAUCCAAUGGUGGUGGCUAAUGCUGUAGCAGCAUUAUCUGAAAUCAGUGAAUCUCACCCAAACAGCAACUUACUCGAUUUGAACCCACAGAACAUUAAUAAGCUGCUGACAGCCCUGAAUGAGUGCACUGAAUGGGGCCAGAUUUUCAUCCUGGACUGCCUGUCCAACUACAACCCUAAAGAUGACCGGGAGGCGCAGAGCAUCUGUGAGCGGGUAACUCCCCGGCUAUCUCAUGCCAACUCAGCAGUGGUGCUUUCAGCAGUAAAAGUCCUAAUGAAAUUUCUGGAGUUGUUACCCAAGGACUCUGACUACUACAACAUGCUGCUGAAGAAGCUGGCCCCUCCACUUGUCACUUUGCUGUCAGGGGAGCCAGAGGUGCAGUAUGUCGCCCUGAGGAACAUCAACCUAAUUGUUCAGAAAAGGCCUGAAAUCUUAAAGCAGGAAAUCAAAGUCUUCUUUGUGAAGUAUAAUGAUCCCAUCUAUGUUAAACUAGAGAAGUUGGACAUCAUGAUUCGUUUGGCAUCUCAAGCCAAUAUUGCUCAGGUUCUGGCAGAGCUAAAGGAAUAUGCCACGGAGGUGGAUGUUGACUUUGUUCGCAAAGCUGUGCGGGCCAUUGGAAGGUGUGCCAUCAAGGUGGAGCAAUCUGCAGAACGUUGUGUGAGCACAUUGCUUGAUCUCAUCCAAACCAAAGUAAAUUAUGUGGUCCAAGAGGCAAUAGUUGUCAUCAGGGACAUCUUCCGCAAGUAUCCCAACAAGUAUGAAAGUAUCAUUGCCACUCUGUGUGAGAACUUAGACUCGCUGGAUGAACCAGACGCUCGAGCAGCUAUGAUUUGGAUUGUGGGAGAAUAUGCUGAACGAAUUGACAAUGCAGAUGAGUUACUAGAGAGCUUCCUGGAGGGUUUUCAUGAUGAGAGCACCCAGGUGCAGCUCACUCUGCUUACUGCCAUAGUGAAGCUGUUUCUCAAGAAACCAUCAGAAACACAGGAACUGGUACAGCAGGUCUUGAGUUUGGCAACCCAGGAUUCCGAUAAUCCUGACCUUCGAGAUAGGGGCUAUAUUUAUUGGCGGCUUCUCUCAACCGACCCAGUCACAGCCAAAGAAGUAGUCUUGUCUGAGAAGCCACUGAUCUCUGAGGAGACAGAUCUUAUUGAGCCAACUCUGCUGGAUGAGCUGAUCUGCCACAUCGGUUCUUUGGCCUCUGUGUACCACAAGCCUCCCAAUGCUUUUGUGGAAGGAAGUCACGGAAUCCAUCGCAAACACUUGCCAAUACAUCAUGGGAGCACUGAUGCAGGUGACAGCCCUGUUGGCACCACCACUGCCACCAACCUGGAACAGACUCAGGUUAUUCCCUCUCAAGGUGACCUUCUAGGGGACCUUUUAAACCUUGAUCUCGGUCCACCAGUCAAUGUGCCACAGGUAUCGUCCAUGCAGGUGGGAGCAGUGGAUCUCUUGGGAGGAGGACUAGAUAGUCUGCUUGGCAGUGACCUUGGCGGGGGCAUUGGAGGAAGUCCGGCAGUGGGACAAUCCUUCAUUCCAUCAUCAGUGCCUGCAACCUUUGCUCCUUCACCUACUCCUGCUGUGGUCAGCAGUGGUCUGAAUGAUCUUUUUGAACUCUCUACAGGGAUAGGCAUGGUACAUGGUGGAUAUGUGGCUCCUAAGGCUGUCUGGCUGCCUGCAGUAAAGGCCAAAGGCUUGGAGAUUUCGGGAACAUUUACUCAUCGUCAGGGGCACAUCUAUAUGGAAAUGAACUUCACCAACAAAGCUCUGCAGCAUAUGACAGACUUUGCAAUCCAGUUUAACAAGAAUAGCUUUGGCGUUAUCCCUAGCACUCCCCUGGCCAUCCAUACACCAUUGAUGCCAAAUCAGAGCAUUGAUGUCUCCCUGCCUCUCAACACUUUGGGUCCAGUCAUGAAGAUGGAACCUCUGAAUAACCUACAGGUAGCUGUGAAAAAUAAUAUUGAUGUCUUCUACUUCAGCUGCCUCAUCCCACUCAAUGUGCUUUUUGUAGAAGAUGGCAAAAUGGAGCGCCAGGUCUUUCUUGCAACAUGGAAGGAUAUUCCCAAUGAAAAUGAACUUCAGUUUCAGAUUAAGGAAUGUCAUUUAAAUGCUGACACUGUUUCCAGCAAGUUGCAAAACAACAACGUUUAUACUAUUGCCAAGAGGAAUGUGGAAGGGCAGGACAUGCUGUACCAAUCUCUGAAGCUCACUAAUGGCAUUUGGAUCUUGGCUGAGCUACGUAUCCAGCCUGGAAACCCCAACUAUACGCUGUCGCUGAAGUGCAGAGCCCCGGAGGUCUCUCAGUACGUCUACCAGGUCUACGGCAGCAUUCUGAAAAACUAG